AUGGGCAUCCAGAGCAACGGCUUCCCCAAUAUGUUCACCAUCAACGCCGCAUCGGUCGGCAACUUUGUCCGCGCCGCGGAACCGCUGGUAGAGUGGGUGGCGGAGUGCAUCCGCUACGUGCGGGAGAACGAAUACGUCCGCAUAUCCCCAACACUGGAAGCUGAGGACGACUGGGUUACCCACGUAAACGAGGCCGGCUCCAAGAUUCUCCGGAGCCAGGCAGACUCCUGGUUUGUGGGAGCGAACAUUCCGGGCAAGGCCCGGGCGCUGCUGACCAGUCCGGACACGGCCCCGGUGAUGCGGGCCAAGCGCGCCGACGUGGCGGCCAACGGGUAUGAGGGGUUCUCGCUGGAGUGA